ACACACACACACACACACACACACACACACACACACACACACACACACACACACACACACACACACACACACACACACACACACACACACACACACACAGACACUCUCACUCUCACUCUCUCUCUCUCUCUCUCUCUCUCUCUCUCUCUCUCUCUCUCUCUCUCUCUCUCUCUCUCUCUCUCUCUCUCUCUCUCUCUCUCUCUCUCUCUCUCUCUCUCUCUCUCUCUCUCUCUCUCUCUCUCUCUCUCUCUCUCUCUCUCUCUGCCCCUCUCCCUCCCUCCUUCCCUCUCCGUCGGACUCGGUCAGUCAGUACCACUCGGUCACUGAGGGAAGAAGCACCGCCGCCGCUUCACCUCACGAUUCUAUCUUCCUUCCCCGCUUCACUUGGAUGGGGGGCGCGUGAUCACCCGGGGAGACGCACUGGUGGAGGAUGGACCCCGGGGCGCCUUGGAAGACCGGGAAGAAAGAGCAGCAAGUGUGGGUGGAGGAGGAGGAAGGAGGAGGCGUGUCUGGCGUGGAGAGAUUGAGAGGUUAUUAUGAUGAAGCAAGGAGUAAGCUGAAGAGUUAUCUGGGUAGGGAAGACGCAAUGGGGAGUGGCAGCAGCACCCCACGACCGCAGGGGGGUGUGGGCGUGGUGGAGGGCGGUGUGGGCGGGACAGUCUUCCAGCAACGCCCCGCCCACUGCCGCCUGGAAGGAAGGACGGAUGUAGAAAGCGGAGAGGAAUUCACUGAUAUAUCUUACUCUGAUCUUGGCUUCAUUAUAACUCCAAAUGUUGGCUACAUGGACCACCAGGAUUGUGACCCAGUAAGCAGCGCGGUGGAGUCUGGGAACACAACUUAUUCUUCCACCAUCCCCUCACCCUGCUCCACCUCCUCCCCCUCCACCACCAGCCACCCUUCCCUGCAGCAUCGGGCCAGCUCCAGCAGCUUCGCCCUGACGCAACACAUCUCGGGGGCGCACUCACCCUCUUGCCCCUCGCCCAAGAACCUUGAUGAUCUGAAGGUAAGAAUGGGGGAGCGAGGACAGGUGUUCCGUGAGACGUGGCUGAACAGGUGCUACAAGAGCUUAGUGACAUCAAAUCCAUCAUGUUUGCAACUGCUGGAGGAGGUGAGUGCUGCUCUGAGUCGGUACGUGACGGAGCCCCAGGAGUCAGAGCUCAGGCAACAGGCGCUCUUCCUCCUGCUGGGGCCAGAGUACACAGCCAAACACUUCCCCUACCAUAGAUACAACGUGAGGGCGCUGGAGCCGCCCCUUAACCCACAGCGUAAGGAGAGUUACAUGAAGGAGGCGCGCGUGUUCCUCGACAGGUGUUUCAGCCGCGCCUUGAACGACCUGAGUUAUCCCAAGGACGCCUCACGCUACUCCCGGAGACACGCCCCUGGGGAGGUUCGUGGGAGAAGUGAGAGCAGCUUACCGGGAGAGCGUGAACCAGCAGGCAGCGGUGAGAGCGUUCGAGGAGGAGGAUGAGAAGAGGAGACAGAUGGAGAGAAGGAAGAAGAAUCGGGAAGAAGAGGAAGACGAGGACGAGGAGGAGGAGGAGGAGGAGGAGGAGAGUGUACAAGUUGCUGUGAAUUUGUCUGAGGUUCCAAGUGAAGCGAUUGUGAGCCUUGUAAGCAGCGACACAGGAGCGAGGGAGAGGCUGAGGAAGAGACUAAAGGAGAACUAUGUUGCUCUCCCUCCCUCUCUCCGCCUCUUUCUGUGGUGGGAGGUGCUAGGGGAGAGGGAGGAGGGAGUGAGAGGAGAGGGACAGGUGAGGGAGAGGCUGCUGUCAAUUCUGGAGAGGGAGAUGAAGAGACAGCGAUUGAGAAGAGCGAUUGAGAGCAAGGAAUGGAGAGUGAUAGACGAAGCUGUGAUAGAGGUAUAUGACACCACGCCCUUGCUCGCGCCCUUGGAAUCAGACAGCCACCUCCUUCAGACAGCUCGUGCCCUCAACAUCAUAACUGUUCUUAGCGGAAAAUUCUCGUCUUCCUUUGUGUUCUCCCUUGUUCCCUUACAGCUCCUCCUUCGUCGGCAGGAAGAGGAAGAAGACGAGGCCGUGGUGAUGCGUGUGGCCAGUUGGGGUUACCUGUUGUGUCGCCACUGUCUACUAGAGAUACAGGAGGUGUUUGGCGUGGCGGAGGAGGUGGUGAGGGUGGUGGGGAUGGAGGAUCCUGCCUUUCUAUCACACCUGCGCUCUUGUCUUGCCGCCCAAAGCCCCAAUUUGAAGGUGCAGGUCUUUCCGCCGGAGCUGCUGACGAGGAACGCCGAGGCUUCACGCAGGCUUCACGCCCAGCUGGCAGGCAGAGGCGCCCGCUCCCUCCCGCCCGUUCCCGAGGGAGUGUUUAGCGAGCCAAGCCUGUUUGUGAGAAAGUGGAUAUCUCAGGUGUUUGUGGGUGUGGUGGAGGUGCGGGCGGCCCUGUGGGUGUGGGACCAGCUGUUCUUGGAUACCUGGAGGCGUGGCACUGUUAAGCUUCUGGCACUGUCCCUCCUCGCUGUUAUAAGACCGUGGGUGAUGAGGGCGUCUGCUGAUGAUAUAAUGAAGGUGCUGCUUGAGGAGCCGGGGCGAGUGUACCUGGGCGACCUGCGGCGGGCGUUUGCACACCUGGCGGGCGGCGGGCGGCUUCGCGACACGCCCACGGGAAGUUACAUGGGCGACGAGGGCAUGGGUGGUGUGCCCUCUAUACAGGUAGUUGACACGAGUGACAGCUUAUCAAGGCCUGACAGGUUCUAGUCACUCACCUGUUCCCUGCCUUACCUGUCUUAUUACUACCAGGUAAGCGGCGGCCUUCCAUCCCUCUCCAUCUUACCUCUAUGAACCUUAUCGUAUCAGUUAUUCCUAGUAGUCGUAGUAGUAGUAGUAGUAGUAGUAGUAGUAGUAGUAGUGUAGUAGUAGUGGUAGUAGUAGUAGUAGUAGUGUAGUAG